CAGUUCAUAUGUUUCUGGCGUAAAAAGAAGCGCCUAGCGCGCCGUUUUUUGGCUUGUCAACCGAAACCACGCAACAAUUUUCACUUUACUAAUCUUGAUAAUUGUUAAUAUACUACUAAUGUUUUACAAGAAAGAUUACGGCUAUCGAUGUGCCGGAAGAAGUUAAGUGAUAUCUUUAAAAGUGUUAUUGUAGAACUUAUUGUUAUACGUUUUCCCACCGUUCUGACCCGCGAACUCUUAACAUGCCUCUGUUGAAAAGAAAAGCCUUUGAGAAAUCAAAUGUGUCGGAGUAUUUGCGGGACGACGAUGAGGUGUUCCACUGCGAGAUCACCGACGAGAUAUUCAAGGAUUAUGAGGAAUAUUGUGAAAGAAUCAUACUGGUCAAUUCAAUGGUGUGGACAUGUGAGAUGACGGGGAAGAAUAACCUGACGUAUGCAGAAGCCUUGGAAAGCGAGAAGGCAGCCCGGAGAUCAUUAAAGGAUUUUCCCAUGGAGCUCCGGAUACCAAUCCUAUACCUUGCAACAAAGACCAAGAGGAGCUCAUUUGCAGAGAUGUCAGAGGAUCUGUUCAAUUAUGUGAGGAAAAGGUUCUUUGUUGGUGAGACCGUAGAAGCCUGUCUUGAAGGUGAUAUUUGGAGAGAGGCACAUGUACUCUCCGUCACAGCACAGAAACAGCAUCCAGAUAGUAAAAGCAUGCUCCCGGCUUCGGCAUAUUGCUAUGAAGUGGAACAAUUUGAUGAUGACCCAGCCGCUGCAGGACAGAUUGGCACAGCACCUUAUGACAGGGUUCGUCGUCGUAAAGGCAUCUAUACAAGGGACAAAAAUCGAUUGUUCCUAAAACAAUUUGUUGCACCGGGAAAUGUAAUUGGUAUUAAGACAUCAGCAAUAGAAAAAUACAACAUAGCCAAAGUUAACUUCGACCAGAUCUUCACAGGAAAUCCACCAGACUUCCCAUCAUCAAAGAAACUCAUAAAGACAAGCAUGUCCCCACCGUCAUCCUCAAAGAUGCCAAUGAAGCCUGGUUCAGCAUCUAAACUAAUUAAGUCGCUGAAGAGACCUAGUCCAGAUAAGAAAGGUAGACAAGAGUCAAUGGACAAAUUUAUCAAAAAAACAGAUAAGACAGAAGUAAAGCCUAAAACACCAAUGGACCCAGAAGCAAGAAAAUCGGCGCAAGAAUUGGCGGAUAAGAUGAGAAGAGCAGAAGAUCAAAUGCGUCAGCGAAGAGAGGAAGAGAAAGCAAAGAAGAAGGAGAAAAAUGCGAGACUUAUGGCAUAUAUGAAGGAGUGGCACAAAGUUAAGGAAGACCAGGAGUUGGAAGAUCACAAGAUCAUACCAAAAGGCACUCCAGUCGAAGUAGAAGGGAUUCCACAUAAGCACUUUGGAGAUUUCCUCUCUGUGCUAGAAUUUGUACAUAAUUUCUCCGAGCUGUUAAAAGUCAAAGAUGUUUUUCACAAUGAACUAGACUUUGAGACUUUUAGAAAAUCGUUGACACAUAAAGAACAUGCUUGGAUAUUUAGUGAACUAGUACAAAUGCUACUUACAACAAUAUUCUCCUUGCAAGAGGACGAAGCUGAAGAGUAUAAUGAAAGCAAUCGGAUACAGGAGUCUGUUGAGGUCGUUCAGCCGGACAGCGGCGUGGACACGUUGCGCGCGAUCCAGCUGGCCACGAAGGCGGGCAAGUGGACGCAGACCUACCUCGGCACCGCGCUCAGCAAGCUGCCGCUCGACCCCACUACCGUCAGCGAGGUGCUGCGGCUGCACCUGCUGUCGUCGGGCGGCGCGGCGGGCUCGCGCUGCGCCGCGUGGCGCCUGCACCAGCGCGGCGGCUACAGCAGCGCCGAUGACCCCGCGCUGCGCCUGCGCACGUCGCGCCCCGCCGCCCUGCGCCGCCUGCGCGCGCGCCACCUCGCCGACCUGCCGCUGGAUGAUAAGUUCCAGAUUUUACAGUGCCUUAUGAAUCAAAUUAUGAGCUAUGCGACAGUUCGUGACCAGGUUGAGGAGAAGUUGGAGGAAUACAAAAACUUGAAACAUGCCUUGAGGACUUUACAGAUAAAUGAACGCAAACGUGAACCACAACUAUCAGCUGCCCGCAUUGAGCUCAAGAAAGAGAGUGCACAAAAGAAAGAGGAGCUUAAACUAACUGGUGACAAAGCAAAGGCAGCAGACGAGGAGUUGAAAGAAGCCAUAGAAAAACUAAAGAAAGAUAGUGACAUUAAGAGAGCGGAAUAUGAGAAGAAGUUGAAGGAGAUGCAAGCUCAGCUUUUCGACCAUACAACAUAUGUUGGCACAGACCGCGCAUUUCGUCGAUACUGGCUGACCCGACGCGUCGCCGGGCUGUUCGUAGAGGCGGGGGCGGAGCCUCGCGGGCCGUGUCGCAACAAGCCCCUCCCACCGCCGCCUGCGCCGCGUGAUGACGUCAUGGCCUACGUCACGGAGCUCUUCCACUCCGAACGAGAUCGAGAGCGCCAGAAGGAGCAGGCGGGAAGCGACAAAGAGAACGAAUCGGGGGCAAAUUCUCGCGGUAGCUCCCCAAAGAAGCCACUCGCCAACUUGAACGGACUGAGUCAAAAGCUUAACGGCUCGGACGCGGUUGUGCAGCAAUGUCGCGACUUACUCGUUUGUUCUGCACAUAUUGACACAUGCUACGUGCAUGGGAAGGGUGACUUCAGACCACAAUGGUGGGUGUACAACACAGAAGAACAAAUAGAGGCACUUAUAGAGUCUCUAAACAAACGUGGCCUGCGAGAGAGUGACCUACGACAGACUUUAGAGCUCGAUAAGGCGAAUAUUGUAGAUUAUGUUAAGAAGUGUCCGUUGCAUUUACUCUCUCCCACAGUGACUCCGCACGCACCAUCGACGAGACCGAGGAAAAUACAGCCGUCUCUAUACGUGGCCCCCGAUUGUUCUCUAUCUGAAGCUUUAGAACUGUCAUUGAGAGAUCACAUCCUUGAACUGGAAGAGAAGAUCUUCCAUGGAUGUCUCGGUGCAUUAAAAGUUAAGGACCGCGAGGCGUGGCGCGGCACUAUAAUGCUGCGCGGGUACGACAAGCAGGCCGACUACCUCAGCUGGGGACCGGGGAAACAGUUCCGCGAUGAUUACCACCAGCCCGAUGGUCACCUCAAACUACCCACUGAUAUAGAUCAAUCAGAAUUGGAAACGAUAGCAGAGAAUAAAUACCGGGAUCCUGGUCACUGGUUGGAAACACCAAAAGUUAACGGUGUAAAGACGGAGCCCGAAGAGGACAGCGGUGCGAAGCCCGACGUAGUACGAGGGCUCGCGUGUGCCUUGCUGCAAGUCGCACAGUCGAUACACCAGAAAUAUCUCAAGCGACCACUUGGUCUCGACGAGAAGGAGCGCAAGGACCGCGAAGCCAGGAACAAGCCGAUGGACCUGGAGGCGCUGGAACGCUGGGAGGUGUCGCUGAUGGAGAGCCGCAGCUUCGCGUCACUGGUGCUGCACCUGCUGGCGCUGGACAGCAGCGUCAGCUGGGCGGCCAGCGUGCUGCACGCCAGCUGCCGCGUGUGUCGCCGCCGCGCCGACCCCGACAACAUGCUGCUGUGCGACGGCUGCAACAAGGGCCACCAUCUCUACUGCCUCAAGCCCAAGCUCUCGAAAGUACCGGAAGGCGACUGGUUCUGCGAUCAAUGUAAACCUAAGGAGAAAACGCCGAGGAAACGUAGAAAACUUUACACGGACGAAGACGCCGAGGACGCACUAGACGACAGCGCGGCGGUGGCGCUGUGCGCGGCGUGCGGCAGCGGCGGGCGGCUGGCGGCCGAGUGCCGCGCGUGCGGCGCGCGCCUGCACGCCGAGUGCGCCGCGCCGCGCCAGCGCCUCUCGCGCCGCUUCCUGUGCGACGCCUGCCAGGCGCCCGAGCGAGAGGCGGGCCGGCGUCGCUGCGCGGCCGCGGCGCCGUCGCACGCGCAGCGCUACGCGCGCAGGGACUCCUCGGAUUCUGAGGAUAGCGAGUACAACACUGCACUGGUGAAGCUGAAGACGCGUAAGUCGAGGGCGAGCGAGGAGACGUCUGUGCAAGGCUCCUCCAAGAGAGGACGCAAACCAAAGGAACACAUAAAUGGUACUUCAAAUAGAAAAUCAAAAUCUCUUACAAACGGUAUCCAUGAAGAGCGGGCAAGUAAAAAACGCAGUCGGGAAGCGCUCGAGAGGGCCCGACUCGAGCCAGAGUCACUGGCGACGCUGCUGCGAGACGCCAUGAAACACAAGGACAGCUGGCCGUUCCAUGAUCCUGUAACUGUUGAAGAGGUACCUGAUUAUUUUGAUGUCAUCGAUCAGCCGAUGGACUUCAAUACAAUCAAGACAAAAGUAGAUGAGGAAGACUAUGAGACGAAUGAACAGAUGCUGAAUGACGUCGCGUUGAUAUUCACAAACUGCUACACGUACAACAAGGAUACACAUCCUGUUGCCAAAGCUGGAAUGCGAUUGGAGAAAUAUAUUAAUAAACGCUGUGCAGAAUUAAAUCUUCCAUCGCUACCUGAUACCAACAUUGAGAACGAGGAGCUCGAUGAUGAAGAUGCUCCCAGGGCCAAAAGGCCAAAGUUAAACUGAUAUACCGUCACCCCAUAUCGCCUCAAGGACUACUUACUCUAUUGAAGUAAAGCGUAACUAUUAUGUAACACUAUAAACAAAAUAUUACAAAACAAUACAUUGAUUUUGUAAAUAUUCAGUUGCUUUUAAACAUUACAAACAUCCAAUGUGCAAAUUUCACAAAGAAAACUUGUUUUUAGUAAUAUGGACAUAAUACUCAGAAACAAAAUAGUUCGUUAAUGC